AUGGACAUGGAUGAGAAGAAGACGAUUACUACUACUACUACUACUACUACUGCCGUGCAAGGGACGCCUUUCCGCCCAGAGCUCAGCGACAGCAGCACCGACAGGAGCAGCGGCGGCGGCGACGACAUCACCACCGCGCACGAAGUCGUUCUCGGCAAAGAUGGCUUCGAGCUCUUCCCCCAGCCGGUGGCCGGCGACCCCCUCGAUCCGCUCAACUGGUCGUGGGCCCAGAAGCACUGCAUCUUGGCCAUCAUCAUGGCUCUGUACUUCAUGUUCACCUACAUCACCACCACCACCGUCCCCUCGUUCCCCGCCCUGCAGGCCAAGUACGCCGCCUCCCUCGCGCAGCUCAACUGGACCGUCGCCGUCCCCGCGCUCGGCCUCUCCCUCGGGCCCCUCCUCUGCGCCCCGCCCGCCGACACCCUCGGCCGGCGGCCCGUCCUCGUGCUCGGCACCGCCGUGGCCCUCGCUGCGACCGUCGGCGCCGCGCUCGCCCCCGGAUACCCCUCGUACGCGGCGGCGCGCUUCUUCCAGGGCCUGGGCGUGAGCCCCGCGUCCAACGUCGGGCUCGCCGUCGUCAACGACGUCUUCUUCGCCCACGAGCGCGGCGCGAAAGUCGGCCUGUGGGUGCUGGCCAUCGACCUCGGCUUGCUCGUCGGGCCGCUCGUCGGCGGGUUCGUCGUGGGCCUGGAGGCGGGGGAUGUCUGGGUGCAGUGGCUGGCGGCGAUUUUCUUUGGCGUCAUAUUGCUCGCCGAGGUGGCUUUCUUGCCUGAGACGCUGUAUCCCCGCCAUCACAUGAUGAUGGUGAUGCGUUCUGCGCGGGCGAUGGCGCGGCAUCAUGGUUGUUCGCCGCCGCCGUCGCCGCCGCCGCCGCCGCCUGUGGAGGGAGACGGAGAAGAGAAGCCGUCCACCGUCGAGACAGGGAACAACAGGCUGCUGGUGGCUGGCGACGUCGUUGCCCGGACCAAGAGCCUCGCCUUCGCAAACGUCAAGCCCCUGCCGGGCAUCGCGCACCCCAAGCCACAUGACACCGUCGUCCGCUUCCUCAAGACGUUCAAGUACGCCGUCGUGCCCAUAUCGGUCAUGACGUACUGCUUCGGCUGGUACUGGUGGGUGCUGUCGGUGGUCACCGUCCUGCCCAUGGCGUACGCGACGUUUUCGCCUCGAAGCCAAGGGUUGCUCUACAUCGGGCUCAUUGUCGGAACGCUCGUCUCGGAGGUCUUGUGCUCGGGCAGCUUGAGCGACUGGCUCAUCGUCAAGCUCGCCCAGCGCCGCGGCAGCAGCCUCGCAAACACGCCCGAGAUGCGCCUCUGGCUCGCCUACCCCGCCGCCAUCCUGACCGCCGUGGACAUGGUCCUCUGGGGCGUGAGCGUCGACCGAGGCUACCACUGGAUCGUCGGCCAAGUCGCCCUCGCGCUGUUCGGUGCCGGCAUCCAGAUGGGCAACACGGCGGUGUGCUCGUACAUCUUCGACGCAUACCCGAGGCAGAGCAUGUCCACCAUGACCUUUUACGCCGUCAUGCUCAACCUGUCGGCCUUCGUCGACCCCUUCUUCAUCGUCCCGUGGGUGGAAAGUGUCGGUUUCACCUGGACUUUUGCGGGCCACGCCAUCAUCACCGUCUUCUUUUGCGUCCCCGUCAUGGCUGCGUUGCAUCGGUUCGGUCCGUGGCUGAGGGACAAGUCCGGCACGCCUUCAUGGGUGAACCCCGAAUUGAGCAGCCACGCUUCCCCGGUAGAAAGCUGAGUGGACCUGGUUACAGCAGCGAUGUGGUUGGUACGGCUAGACACAAGACGAGUUACCGAGAGACACAUGUACUUGUUUGAAUGGUUCAUAUACGUGCGUUAUGGUCAUCCUAUGGCAUGGGUAUAUACGUCAUUGCACCUAGGUCGAGUGGCACGAGCUGGUAGCUGGCCUGUGUACCAACUCUAUACAUAGAG